AUGUUUGUAGUGGCAGCUAAUACCACCAAACAAAAAUUGCUUGAAGAAUGUCGAUACGGCAAGGGGGCCUGGUCUGAAUGCGACCCGAAGACGAACCAGCGCUCGAGGACGCUCACAUUGAAAAAAGGCAACCAGACCACCUGUGAAUCCACCAAAACUAUUCAGAAGAAGUGCAAAAAAGUGCGUUCCUCCAACUUCAAAUACCGACACACAGCUGUUUCGACCUAUAAAGGGUCCCAUCAGUGUCGGGAAACUUGGUGUAGUGGAACGCACCCAAAACCAAAGACCACCUGA